AUGAAUCUUCGCGAUAGAUCUGGAAUAAAACGUAAAAGUUCGUUCAGUUAUGAGAUUAAGGAUGUUCAACUACCAGAGGAAAAGGUUGCUAAGAAACAGGCAGAAAAACGAAAAAAAAAGCGAAGACGGACACCCAACAAAAUCUGGUCACUGGAAGAGAAAAAAAUGAUGCUAGAUGGCAUUUUGAUCCAUUUAAAAAUAAAACGACAUUUUCAUAUGAAGAAAAAUCUCCCAGAGAUCCAGCAGUUCAUAAAGAUGAGAAGACAGUUCUCAAGUCAAAUCGAAGAAUCACAUCUCCAUGAUUGGUUCAGUCUGAACAAAAUUCUAGUUGACCAAGUUGCUGACUAUUCAGUCUGUUUAGCUCAGCAAUUUAGUAAGGCAGUCGGCUGGCCUGCUGAAGACAGCAAAAGUCAGUUAGAUAGUUCUUUGAAUAACGACAACAACAUCAGUAUUAAUAACAUUAACGAUAGAGAUAACAUCAACAGCAGUGGUAAUCUCAGAAGUAGCAGCAACAACAACAACAACAUCGAUAACUUAGAUAAAUUAAACAUCGUUCAAAACGCUUUCAACACCGGCGAUAAAAACGCUACCUUUAUAAUCAAAAUCACUAAUAACCCCAACACAGCCAACAACGUUAACAACAUCAGCAAAAACAUUAAAAACAGCAACUGCAAUCGCAUUAACAAGGCUUAUGCUUCAAACACUGACAUCAACAACAAAAACAUCAACAGUAAAAAGAAUUUGGAUUCAUCAACUAUUUGGUCCAAUGUCUACCGGUAUAUCUCUGCUACACUCAACAAUACGCCACCACCUGAACUCAAUCAAAUAGAGUCUGCCAUAGUGUUACUCCUCCUUGAAAACCUUCUGAAGAACUACCAGACGCUGAACAUCGAGCACCAGAUGGAUGUUAUCAGGAGCAAGUUCAACUGCCUCGCCCCACUACUAUCAUUAUCAUCGUUAUCAUUACCUCCUCAUCAAUCGAAAUCAUUAUCAAGAUCCGAAGCAUCAUCAUCAUCAACAUCUGGAUCUGUGACCAGAGAUGCAGUUGAGAAUGUGCUAGUGAAAGCUUUGUGUUAG